AUGGCGGCCGACCAGCUGAUAUGGACUCUAAAAUCUCUCUCUCUCUCUCUCUCUCUCUCACACACACACACCUUACCCUGCCUCAACUACUCGAAGUACGUCGGUACAACAGGCAACGCUGUAUGUGGACUGCUGAAAAUGUCAGCGUCGGCCACCGUCACGGACGAAUGCUGGGGCCACUGCCGUGGGACUGGCAGAGGCUUUGGAGAGCGCCGUGGAGGCAGCGGCGGGCUUUCCUUUGAGGCCUCGGUUGCCCUCACUUGGGACUUUAAGCGUCGGGUCCAGCUCGUCCGCUCGCCCACCAUCCUGGUAGUGCUUCCACACUGCGUCGCACGCCGGGUCGCCGUAGUCGCCGUGCGACGGGCUGGCCUCGAGCUGCGAGGGAGGGCAGAGCAGGUGGAGCGGAAGGCGCACGCGCAGGCGAGGCGGAGCGCCGCGUCGGACGCGCUGCUCUCCAGCGUGCGCGGCGACCUCGCCUUCAACAAGCAGCUCAACGAGCAGCUCGUCGCCAACCAGGCCGCGCUCGGUGGCACCACGCCCGCCACAAAGAGGCCGCACGAGUCGGAGGCGGCGAGGAAGGAGGCUGCGGCUGCGCGUCACACCGACGACACCUUUCUCGGCAAAGACGGUCGUCCCCGCGUCCGGCUCGAGCUCGACAUCGUGGAGGAGAUCAUGCUUCAGCUCUCUCCCAAGGUCAUGGCCGUCGCCGCACGCGUCAACCGGCACUUUCUGCAGGCCGUCGAGCGCGCGAUUCCUGCGCGGCUGCGGCCCCCGCCGCCCCCGCCGAAGCCCGGCGAGCCGCAGCUGCCCAACGACCCGCGGCGGCGCAACCUCGGCCUCGCGGUCGAUGCCGACAAGAAGGUGACGACGGAGCUGCUCUCGCAGCUGGAGAAGCAAGUGAAGCAGGUGGACUUGUCAGGACAGAUGGCCUGGCGCAUCGCGGUCAACGGGAAGCCAACACCUGCGUGGGCCCAGCGGAACAAGUCGGCAGUGGAGGCAGCAUUGCGUGCAAGCGGCCCCUAUUCGGAUCCCAUCCAAACUGACCUGUGCGUGUUGUUCCGCUUGAUGCCCGCCUCUGUGGCCGAGGAGCACGUCGAGGGCAUCGGCGCGGUUCUUGCGCGGAUCGCGGAGAGGGGCUCCGGUUCGCAUUUCCAGAUCGGCAUCCUGCUGGAUCUCCUCGCAAAGCUGUCUUUACCAGCCCUCGUGGGCAUCCGCGCCAAGAUCGACGAGUGCCGGAGCGCAUGUCUGGCAAACCACGCGCUCAACCACCUCGCGCCCAAGGUGCGAGCGCUCCUCGCCCAGGCCGACGGCGCGUCCAUCUGA